AUGGGAAACAGCAAUGGGUCGUCUGUGGAGGAACUACAAGCCGCCGAGAGUCACCAGUGGUACAGAAAGUUCAUGACAGAAUGCCCAUCUGGACUUCUCACUUUUUACGAGUUCAAGCAAUUCUUUGGCCUGAGGAACCUGUCAGAUGUAUCAAACAACUAUGUCAAGACUAUGUUCACAACAUUUGACCUGAAUGAUGAUGGCUUCAUUGAUUUCAUGGAGUAUGUAGCCGCUCUGAGCCUGGUGCUGAAAGGAGGCGUGCAGAAGAAGCUCCGCUGGUACUUCAAACUGUAUGAUAUAGAUGGGAGUGGAUGCAUUGACCGUGAUGAGCUGCUUCUCAUCAUUAAGUCAAUCCGUGCAAUCAGUGGAAUCCCCAAUGAGAUGUCAGCGGAGGAUUUUACCAACAUGGUUUUUGACAAGAUCGACAUCAAUGGAGAUGGUGAACUUUCCUAUGAAGAGUUCAUGGAAGGGGUCCAGCAGGACGAGAUGCUGCUGAGGACUCUGACAGAGAGUUUGGACCUCUCACAUAUCGUCCAAAAAAUUCAAGGAGAGAUAAGAGGAAACAAAUAA